UAUAAAUACCAAAGGAGUACAAUGAGUGACAACAACUACAUAGAUGAUGAUGAGAACAUACCAGUUGCUACCAAUAUUGCUGAAGAUGAAGAAAACAAUAACCUGGAAGGGAGUGAUGGCCCUAUUGAAAAUUUUGAUGAAGAUAGGUCAGAAGAAGGUGACAAAUUAAUCCAUUCAGUUACAAAGCCAAAAAAAUGUCCUCAAGGAUGGGUUUCAUGCUAUGUUGCUCUUUUCGUGGUCACUCUGAUAGUUUUGAUAGGAAUGAUAGUUUUUAUCUUUAUUCCAAAAGCUGGGACCUCUUCAACGCUUAUCUAUGAACCUGAUGUUGUGUACAUAAAAUUGCCAUCUAAUGCACCUCUUAUUGAUGAACUGCACCUAAAAACUAAUGGAACUUGCUACGGGACUUUAUAUUCCCCACCAUGUGACCAAGUCAACGUUACAUAUCAGGAUCAUUAUGUACCGACAUCCGAGCAUCACUAUGACCAUACCAAUCACAUAUACUGCUUAAAUGGGUCUGAAUUUGUAUUCAGUAUAGAACCAGAGUUUAAUGGAAAAACAGAGCAAGUCUGGGUUUUCACAGACAAGUAUGCCAAGUUACGUAGAGAGCAUAACUUUGACGUUAGUAUUGACUGCAAUAAUCCUCCACCAGAUUCAAAAUGCAGACAGCUUGAUCAUGGAAAUGUAUCAAUACCUGCUAUACUGCCAGCUAAUGUGGGUCAGUAUUACUAUGUCUUUUAUAACUUGACUUCAGUUAGAUUCUUUGUUCGUCGAUAUUACUAUCCUUUCAUAGAGAGCGAUUAUACUCCUUAUAUUCUUGGCCCUAUCAACCAUACCACUCCAAUUACUGUCAAAACUCAAAAAGAAUUCCAACCGCAGAAUAUUAAAGACCCAGAGACUUGUCUCUUCAUGCACGUCAAGCAAUGUGACAAUACUCGUGAUCCACAAUACGUUAGCGUCAUAUCUGAUCGUCGCAAUGACUUGCUUGUUUGGUUUGGUGCACUCUUGGUCAUUGCAUUCCUGGUUAUUUUUGUCGUGGCAAUAGUACAUUGUGCCAUCAAGAAAGCAUAAUUUAGCAAGUAUCAUCAAAAUCUGGCAUAUCAGCUUCUUAAUAUUGAUACGUAACACAUUAGUUAAUUGUGAAAUUGUUAUGUGUGCUCUGCAGUCUUGAAAUUAAAAUAUAAUUUUUGUUAACUCAAGCAAACUAGUGAUAUUAGUAUCAUGAUCAUUAUUUUCAUUUAUUAAAAAAACAAAGUAUUAUUAUUAUUGUGUGUGAGAAGACUCGGUGAGAGACUGAGAGAGCGAUAUAAGAUUAGAAAGAACUGAAGAGCCUCAUUUUAAACAGCGCUCAAAAUA